AUGGUGGUGUCUUCGAGCCGAAGCUCGGUUACAGAUCUCAGCGAUUCGGUUCAUCCCAGUGUCUCACAAGAACAUGAACAAGAGAGGACCACCUUCUCCUGCAUCGCGAACCCUUGCAGAGUGAAGCAGGUGGAGAACGCCUUGAACAGCGGCUGCAAGGAGGGCCCCGAGGAGGGAGAGGCUGUGAUUGAGUCUGGCUUGGUUUGCACUACCCAGUGCAAGGAAGGCUUCUACCAGUCAGAUGAUGUCCUGCGCUGCCAUGCAGAGACGCUUUCGCCUGCAACAUUUACCUGCGAAGCCACAUGCGCCGUGCCAAGCGUGUCCAAUGCAGCUGCAGGUGGUAUUUGCAAGGAGGGCAAGGACCAAAUCAUGCCAUUUACGAGCUGUACCACCCAAUGUGCAACUGGCUACACUCCUUCGGUGGAGAAACUGAGCUGCCGCAAUGGGGCUUUCACCCCAGGAUCAAUCCAGUGCAAUCCUGAUCCAUGCGAUGCGCCAACAGGAGUGGAGUUUGGACGCACUAAGGGACCAUGCCAGGAGGGCUGGACUCUAACUUCAGGGCACCUUGGCAAGAUGUGUGGUGCCGGGUAUACACCGUCUAUCGCUUCAUUGGCCUGUAAUGCUGGCACCUUGGCUCCAGCGACUUUCCAGUGCGUACCCAACCCAUGUCCGAUACCAACGGUCAAGAACCGUCUUGGGAACGGCUGCCGUGGGGUUGCUGGAAGCAGCGUCGAGUCGGGAAAGUCUUGCAAAGCCAGCUGCAAAAGUGGCUACACGCCAUCAGUGAAGCAAUUGGAUUGCUAUGCUGAGACCUUGACACCAGAGACCUUUGUAUGCGAACCCAAUCCAUGUUCCAUCCCAGUCGACUCGAACCAAGAGGGGAGUGGCUGCUUGGGUGUGCCUGGCCAAAAGGAUGGGACGGUGAUUGAACAUGGUGAGACGUGCCAAAGUGAAUGCAAAGAAGGCUAUCACCCAUCAGUGGAGAGCAUGAGUUGCAGCCUUGGCACCCUUUCACCUGCCAAGUGGAGCUGCAUUGAGGAUGCAUAUCCAGCUGUUGAAGGCGUUGCCAAUGCUCCCAAAGUCACAUGCAAGGAAGGGAACUCCAUCAAUUCUCAAAAGUCCUGUACCACAAAAUGCCGUGAUGGCUACAAACCCAACUAUGCCUCAUUGACCUGCCGCUUGGGUAAGUUCUUUCCACACACCUACAUUUGUGAGCCGGAGGGCUGCCCCUUGCCGGUGGUCAAAAACCGUUUGACCAGUGGAUGCAGUGGACUUCCCCAUCCCGCCGUGGUCACCUCCGGGCAGAGUUGUUCCGCGCAAUGUGACAAUGGCUACACACCCUCUGUGGCUAGCCUGAAGUGCUUUGCUGGCAAGCUCACUCCAGCGACCUUUGUUUGCAACGAGGAUCCUUGUGAUGCACCUGGUGGCAUCCAGAACGGUGCAACUGAGAGCUGUAAAGAGGGCAAAGAGAUUGCGUCUGGCGACAAAUGCACAAGUCAAUGUGCUGCAGGCUAUGUGCCCUCCACUGCGCAACUUUCCUGUAGCCUUGGGAAGCUUACACCCAGUUUUUACUCCUGCAAUCCUGAACCAUGCACCUUGCCACAGUUCGCGAAUAGGAAAGGCAAUGGUUGCAAGAGCAAGAGUGGUCAGACGGUGGCAUCGGGAGAAACCUGCACUGCAGAAUGUGCUGCUGGCUACACACCUAACGAGCUAAGCCUGAAAUGCUAUGCCGGAGUGCUGACACCCGCAACCUUCAGCUGCUUUCCAGACCCAUGCCCUUUGCCAUCAAUCAGCAAGGCUCAGGGCAAUGGAUGCUCAAACCUCGGCGGGAGCAUGAUCGACUCGGGUCUCAAGUGCGAGGCCGCAUGCCAAACUGGCUAUACUCCAUCGGUGAAAGUUCUGGCCUGCCAAGCGAGCAUUUUGACUCCAGAUACCUUCACCUGCAAUCCGAACGGCUGCACUCUGCCCAAAGUACAAAACCAGGCGGGAAAUGGCUGUCAGGGCAUCAAAGGCAGCUCCAUCGGCUCGGGGAAAACCUGCAAGACGCAGUGUGCCGCAGGCUUUACACCUGACGUGGAAUCAUUGAGCUGCUUUGCAGAGGAGUUGACCCCAAGCACCUUCACAUGCAAUCCAACCCCUUGCACCCUGCCAGCUGUCGCGAACGCGCAGGGCAAUGGUUGCAAAGGCAAAGUGGGUACCGUGAUCGCUUCGGGCGCCACCUGCAAGACUGCCUGCAUGCCUGGCUAUGAAGCCUCUGAAGCAGCACGGCAAAAUAGACAAGCUGGAAUGCUCCGCCGGGAGUUUGUCACCAGCCACCUUCGCGUGUGCAGAGUUGAAGUGUCGGGCACCGACAGGAGGCGGCCGGAGAAGCGACCCCUUGGUGCCGGGGACGCAUUGGGUGCUGAAGCAGUGACGUGGUGCAAAGACGGCAGCUACGGUGGUGAAUCGAUCGACCUGCCGCACCCCCGGCACCUCUACCGGCCCGCGGGCGACGAUCGCAUGGCACCUCGGAUUUGCGGGUCUUCUUCGGAAGGGGAAGCAUGCUGGGCAGCUGCCGAGUUCGCGGAAGAGGAAGUCAUGGAGGCCAACAUGUCUUUGGUGAAGAAAGCGCAGUUGCUGGGCGAAGAUUAUCGCUUACAUGCUACAAUCGUGCCACUACUCGAGACGACGGAUCCCUACGCAGCAGAAAAAUCCUGCGCGGUGCUGAAGAAAGAGACCACAGAGGAAGAGAAGGAGGAAAUUGAAGAGGAUGAAGAAGCGAAGGACAAUCAGGAAGAGAGCGAAAUGCAGGCCGCCUUGAAGCACAAGAAGGCGACCCUGAAGUGGGCGGGACAAGAAGACGGCACGAAUUUAAGACGACGCUACCUCGCGGGACCGUUGGUGCUUCACAAUGAGACGCGAGAUGCUUGCAUUGAUCAGCGCUUGGCCAUGCCAAAGAGCCAAGAGGAGUUUGGGGUUUUGGUGUGUGAGAAGCUGAAGACUGCAAAGACAUGCAGCCAAGUCCUACUGAGACCACAUCAGCCCGACAAGGAGCGAUUGUGGACUCUUCAAAAGCAGCAUUGCACUGCGGACAAAGCCUGGGUAGGCGACUACUUAUGCAUUGACAAGGAAGAAGGGACCUUGGUCAAUUGCGAGCAUAGCAACUUGCCCAGACAAGUAGGAGCAGUGCCGAAGCGUGUGCGGCGAGCACGCGGGAGGCAAACACUGCAGGCAGACGCCAGCACCUCUUCUCUUUGUCAGGUGCCCGUUUGGCUGUUUCGCCAAGCGGGGCGACACCUCCCGGAGUACAAUGAGUACAAGACCAAACGCAACAAGAACUUUUUAGAACUUCUGCAAGAUCCGAAGGAUGUUGCUGAAGUCACCAUGCAGCCGCUGCGGCGCUACGGGGUGGAUGCGGCGAUUCUGUUCUCGGAUAUCCUGGUGGUGGCGGAAGCUUUGGGCAUUGAUGUGGAUCCUGGCCUCAAUGCGCAACCUUGCAUUCUGGUGCCGCGGCCCUUGGAGUCACCCGAAGACAUGGCUCGGUUGCGAGUCUCCAGCGCCAGCGCAGACUUUGUGGAGCAACGCUUGGCACAUGUGCUAGAAGCUGUACGGCUCAUCCUGCAGACCAUGUCUCAGGAAGGGAUGGGAGAUGUGCCUUUGAUCGGCUUCAGUGCUGCUCCUUGGACCCUUUUCUUCUAUAUGGUCGGAGGCUCGUCUAAGAAGAGGACAGAUGCUGGGGAACGCUGGCUGAAAGAGCACCCGGAAGCAUCAAAAGAGCUGAUGUCGCUUCUCAGUGAGGUCAUCAUCGAGUAUUUGUCCGCGCAGGUGCGGAGCGGCUGCCACGUCCUUCAAGUCUUCGAAGCUAUGGGAGAACACAUCAGCCCCGCGAACUUGGAGUCCUUUGCAGUGCCAGCCAUGACUCGCAUUGCAACAGCUCUCAAGGAACGGCAUCCCGAGGUGCCAUUGAUGGUCUUCCCGCGAGGAGCCUGCUAUGCGCUGCCAGCACUUCAGAACGCGGGCUUCGACGUGGUGACGGCUGAUUGUGCCACCGACCUGGCCGAGGCGGAGUUGUCCCUGAAGGCUGCUUCACAAGGCCGCGUGGCCAACUUGCAGGGGAACUUUGAUCCAAAGUGGCUCCGGCCAGGGAGCAGUGUUGAGGAUGUGAAGCCCAAGAAGGCUAAGGCCCUGGAGCCACUGGAGCUUGUGGCUGCGUGCCAAAGCUGGCUAGAUGCGCAGCGAGCGGGAUGCUCGACCAGCUGCGCCAAAUCAAAUCGCUCGGCACACCUAAGGCCCCGACCCAACAAGAAGAGGAAAAGAGAGGAAGAAGCAGCUAAGGCUGGGAUCACGUCACAUGUCGAAGCUGAGCCAGAGGCCGCGGCAGUGGAGCAAGCAGAGCAAGCGGAGAUGGAGGUCAGUGUGAACAAGAAGUCCAAGAAGCAAAAGAAGGCUCCAGAUCCAUGUGACAUGUAUGUUUGCCAGGAAGUGAAAGAAGACAAAUCAACUCCCUUCAAGCGGAUUGAUGACGACAAGUGGAGGUCAACGAUCAAGGACCCCAGGCUCCUGGACAACACGCACCUUGCAAAGCAGAAGUUUGGAGGCUCUAAAGGCGACAGCUGGGCAGACAAAGCCUCCGAGGACUUGCUCAAGACCAAGGGGAAAGGCUUUCGGAAGGAGAUGGCCAAGAAAAAAAGAUCUUCAUGGAGAGGUGGUGGUGAGAUUGAUCAGGGCGUAAACUCCAUCAAGUUCGAUGAUAGCGACGAUGAGUGA